AUGAAUGCAAGAGUACCGCUCGGGAUGCUGGCGGUACAAGUGAUAACAGCAGGGCUGCAAAUACUCUCCAGGGUUAUAAUUAGCGAGGGGACGUUUAUUUUUGCUCUCAUGACUUAUCGCCAUGUUAUUGCUGCUCUAAGUAUACUUCCCUUUGCUCUUUUCUUUGAAAGAGGUGCUUUGAAGAAACUUACCUGGGCAGCUUUCUUCUGGCUUUUCAUGGUGGCACUAACUGGGAUAUCUUUGGCGAUGGGACUAUUCUACUAUGGACUGAAGGACACGAGUGCUACAUAUGCUACUAAUUUUCUAAAUCUUAUUCCUGUUGUAACCUUCAUUUUUUCAAUAAUUCUUGGGGUGGAGAGAUUGGGACUCAACACAAUGGCCGGCAAGAUCAAAACUCUUGGGGCAAUGCUAUGCCUUGCAGGGGCAUUGACAAUUACUCUCUAUAAGGGAAAAUCAUUCCAUCUUGGUCAUUAUUUUAAACACGAGUCAACAAUCAUGAUCACAACCGAUAAACACAUGACACGUGGCACGAUCACAUUGGCCGCGAGCUGUUUGUCCUAUGGCAUCUGGUUUAUUCUACAGGUGAAGCUAUUCAAAGUAUUUCCGUAUAAAUACUGGGCAAAUUUGUUGACAUGUGCCAUAGCGUCGGCCCAAGCCGCCGUGAUUGGGCUCUUCAUGGAUAGGGACCCAAAUGCCUGGAAAUUGGGCUUGAACCUCGAGCUUGUCACUAUUGUCUACUCGGGAGUACUUGCCACGGCAGCAUCCUUUUGUUUGAUCUCGUGGACCAUCACACAAAGAGGGCCCACAUACCCUUCAAUGUUCAACCCAUUGGCCCUCAUUAUAAUUGCAAUUGCUGAAGCCAUUUUCCUUGGUGAAAAAAUCUCGGUUGGAAGCUUGGUGGGCAUGGGUUUGAUUAUCGUGGGAUUAUACUCGUUUUUGUGGGGAAAACGCAAAGACAUUAAAGCAGCUUUGCUUUCGCUCAAAGGCGGAUCUUUCGAUGCUAACAAGGCCGGUGCAGAUAUUGAGGAUGGCUUGCCGGAAGUUGUCGAACCACAAUUUUCGGUCAAGGUGGUCCUGGCCGAUUCACACGACGCGAACUAG